AUGACUACAAGAUCCAAAGCAGCAGCAACUCCUUUCAACACAGUAUAUUCCAUAGCUCUUAAUUCAGAAAUCACAGCUGUUGUUCUUGAACCUAACACUGUAUUUGAAGCCCUCUAUAGUCUUGCAUGGAAAGGGGCAAUGCAAAGUGAAUUUGAUGCAUUAAUGAAAAAUGACACAUGGAUCCUUGUUCCCCCUCUUCCUGAUAAAAAUGUUGUAGGCAGCAAGUGGGUUUUUAGAACAAACUAUAAUGCUGAUGCUUCCCUGCAAAAGUACAAAGCUAGACUUAUUGCUAAGCGUUUUCAACAAACUCCAGGCCUAGAUUAUUUUAAAACUUUUAGUCCAGUUAUCAAGCCAUCUAUCAUUAGGAUAAUCCUCACCUUAGCUGUCACAAAUGGGUGGGACAUUCAACAAGUGGAUGUUAAUAAUGCCUUCUUGAAUGGGACCUUAAAUGAAAAAGUUUACAUGAGUCAACCUAUUGGUUUUGAGGAUCCUGCCAGGCCUUCCUAUGUUUGCAAGUUAAAUAAGGCUUUGUAUGGACUUAAACAUGCUCUAAGAGCUUGGUUUGAUAAGCCAAAGACUGCCUUAUAUCACAAAGGGUUCCAAAAUUCAGUUUCUGAUUCUAGCUUGUUUGUGCUUUGUCACAACUCAUUUUUCACCUAUAGCAAAUAUGCUUCAGAUCUACUGUCUAAAACUGAGAUGUUGGAUUUUCAUGCCUACUCUACACCCAUGGCUGUAGGCACCAAACUUUGCUCUACUGAUAGUGAACUCUUUGCUGAUCCAAGCCUUUAUCGCAACACCAUAGAAGUCAUUCAAUACUUAACUCUUACAAGACCAGACAUCAGUUUUCCUGUCAAUAAACUGAGUCAGUUAUUGGAUGCACCCACAGAGGUCCAAUGGCAGGCUUGCAAGAGAAUAUUAAGGUAUAUCAAGGGAACACAACACUAUGUGUUACAUUUUAAACCGGCCAGCACUUUAAAAGUUGAAUGCUAUGCUAAUGCCGAUUGGAGAAGCAAUCUAGAGGACAGAAGAUCUACAAGUGGCUAUUGUGUAUACAUGGGGCCCAACUUGAUCCAGUGGAGUUUUAGAAAACAAAAGGUUGUAGCAUUUUCUUCCACAGAGACUGAGUAUAGAGCUUUAGCUCAUACAACCACAGAAAUUGCAUGGCUUCAAAGUUUGUUCACUGAGUUGGCUUUACAAGUUAACGUCACUCCUGUUAUUUGGUGUGACAAUGUGAGUGCUGGGGCCCUAGCAACUAAUCUUGUUAUUCAUGUAGGAACCAAACACAUUGAGAUCGAUGCUCACUAUAUUAGAGAGCAAGUUCUUGCCAAAAAAACUGCUCAUACAAAUCCACAAAGGAUUAGUCACAGCAAAAGAAGCCCAGAAUUACAGUCCAAUUUAAGGGGAAAUGUCAAUAUACGGGCAAAACAAACUGCUGUUUCGACAGAUUAUGGUUUAGCACUGAGCAAGUCUUUGUUAUUCUAUGAGGCUCAAAGGUCCGGAAAGUUGCCUCCUGACCAGAGAGUGACGUGGCGUGCAGACUCUGCCCUUAAAGAUGGUAGCGAUGUCGGAGUUGAUCUUGUGGGUGGCUACUAUGAUGCUGGAGACAACGUAAAGUUUGGAUUUCCAAUGGCAUUCACAGUCACAAUGCUAUCAUGGAGCACCAUCGAAUUCAAAGCCAAACUUGCAGAAAACAAAGAGUUUCGAAACGCCUUGAGUGCCAUCAAAUGGGGCACAGACUAUUUUCUUAAAGCACAUCCAAAACCAGACGUGCUUUACGGUCAAGUUGGAGAUGGCGAUUCCGAUCAUGCAUGUUGGCAAAGACCAGAAGACAUGACCACGCCAAGAACUGCAUUUAAGAUUGAUGCUCAGCAUCCGGGAGCUGAUCUUGCUGCUGAAACUGCUGCUGCUUUGGCUGCUGCUUCCAUUGCUUUCAAGAAUUUUGAUCGUAAAUAUUCUGAGACACUUGUAACCCAUGCAAAACAACUCUUUGAAUUUGCUCGAAAUAAUCCAGGUUUGUACCAAAACAGCAUACCCGGGGCUGGAAACUUUUACUCUAGCAGUGGAUGCGAGGAUGAAUUGUUAUGGGCCGCUACAUGGCUUCAACGGGCUACAAAGGAAAAAAUGUACCUAGAUUUCAUAGGAAAAUUUACUAACACUGGUGGAAAAAGAACCUCCUUCUCAUGGGAUGACAAGUUUCUUGGUGCACAAGUCCUAGCUUCCAGGCUUGUUUUCAUGGGCAAAGCUCCCAACUCAGGGAAAUGGGCUGAGUACAAGAGCCAAGCUGAGCAAUUCAUAUGUUCAUGUGUUCAAAAUGGCGAUGUAAAAAAGACUUCAGGGGGCUUGUUAUGGUUUAUGCCUUGGAACAACCUUCAAUACACAGCAACCGCAACUUUUAUUGCAACCGUGUACUCCAAGUAUUUAAAAGCUGCAAAUUCCACCCUCAAAUGUCCUAGUGGCAAUGUUCAACCCACCGAUUUAAUGGCCCUGACCCGUGUACAAGCAGACUAUAUUUUAGGUAAAAACCCUAUGGGGAUGAGCUACAUGGUUGGAUUUGGGUCAAAAUAUCCUACUCAACCCCAUCACAGAGGAGCUUCUAUUGUAUCAAUUAAGAAGGAUCAUACACCCGUGAGUUGCAAAGGUGGGUUUGAUUCGUGGUUCAAUAAAAAUGAGCCUAACCAAAAUGUUUUGGAGGGUGCAAUUGUGGGAGGUCCAGAUGAAAAUGAUAAGUUUUCAGAUUCUAGGUCCAACUACCAACUAAGUGAAACUACAACUGUAACUCCUGCACCUUUAGUUGGUGUAUUUGCUAGCCUUGCUUAA